GCUUCCUGCUAGUCGCCUCUCGCCGUAAUUGUGUAAAUUCGGCUUCCGGAGCUCAUACUUUGUUUAACGGCUGGAAGAAACCAGAUCACCUACAUUUAUGGAAACAUCUCUUACAGAUCCUGAAUGUGGAGACGCACUGAUGUAGCAGCAUCCCUUCACUUCCCCUCUACCUCCAGGUCCUUUGCCCCCCCUCACCUUCAAGGCAGACGGCAGGCGAGAUAGUCGGCCAGUCCAGACGGUUCGCCCUGACUGAGGGGGAAUUACUGCAUCGAUUAGCACUGACCUAACCUCUCACUCUGCGCUCUGGCCAAACUGCGUCGGAGCUGACACGGCAACUGAAGAGGACUUUUUUGUUGUUGUUGUUGUUGUUAUUGUUCUCUUUCUGUUUUUUUUUUGUUUGUUUCCGGAGAGGGAACAGAACUCUGUGCCUAUGAUGAAAACGAUGAUGGAGAUAAGACUGGGGAAUUAAGUGCAGUCUGCGAGGCACCCUCACUUUCUGUAUUCCUGCAGAAUUUCCAGUGGACACUUGAAAUCCUCUAUUUUUUUUUUGUACCUAUUGGAUCAGCUGUGGCUGUUUCUGGGGAUCACCAUAGAGUUGCAGUGUUUUCUUUCCUCCCCCUCCUCCCCCCCAGCGUGAUUCCGAUUUGCCAUUUUUGAAUCUCUCUCUCUUUUUUUUUUUUUUUUGUUUCCUGUUGGGCUCGGGGUCCGGUUGGGUCCGGCACACGCUAGACUCCUGAAGCUGGGGCGCGACUCAUGGGACGCGAGCAUGUCGGAUCUGGGAGAGCGCCGGCCGGUAAACACAGACUACGCUGUCUCCGUGCUGGAGCAGCUCAAGUUCUUCUACGAGCACAAGCUCCUCACUGACAUCACCCUGCUGGUGGAGGACAAUGAGUUCCCCUGCCACAAAAUGGUGCUGGCCACCUGUAGUUCCUACUUCAGAGCCAUGUUCAUGAGUGGCCUGAGCGAGAGCAAACAGACUCACGUUCACCUGCGCAACGUGGACCCUGGCACACUGCAGACCAUCAUCACCUACGCCUACACGGGCAACCUGGCCGUCAACGACAGCACGGUGGAGCCGCUCUACGAGACGGCCUGCUUCCUCCAGGUGGAGGACGUCCUGCUGCAGUGCCGCGACUACCUGGUCAAGAAGAUCAACGCCGACAACUGCGUGCGCAUGCUGAGCAUCGGCGACCUGUUCAGCUGCGCGGAGCUGAAGCAGAGCGCCAAGCGCAUGGUGGAGCACAAGUUCCCCGUGGUGUACCGGCAGGAGGCCUUCCUGCAGCUGUCGCACGAGCUGCUGCUGGACGUGCUGAGCAGCGACAACCUCAACGUGGAGAAGGAGGAGACGGUGCGCGAGGCGGCCAUGCUGUGGCUGGAGUACGACAUGGAGACGCGCUCGCAGCACCUCUCCUCCGUGCUCAGCCAGAUCCGCAUCGACGCGCUCUCCGAGGUGACUCAGCGCGCCUGGUUCCAGGGCCUGCCGCCCAACGACAAGUCGGUGGUGGUGCAGGGCCUGUACAAGUCCAUGCCCAAGUUCUUCAAGCCGCGCCUGGGCAUGACCAAGGAGGAGAUGCUGAUCUUCAUGGAGGCCGAGCACCCGAGCAGCAGCGAGGUGACGGUGGGCUCGCAGUACGCCGUGGUGUGCUACAGCCCGCAGGCCGAGAAGGUGUACAAGCUGCGCAGCCCGCCCGGCGACCUGCAGAAGGUGGGCACGCUGGUGACCACCGACAACGACGUCUACAUCGCCGGCGGCCAGGUGCCGCUCAAGAGCCCGCUGGCGACGGCGGCGGUGGCGGGCGGCGGCGGGCACGGCAAGGCGGGCAAGCUGCAGGCGGCCUACCGCGCCACCGACAGCUUCUUCUGGUUCGACGCGCAGCAGAACGCCUGGGUGGCCAAGACGCCCAUGCUGUGCGCGCGCACGCGGCCGGCGCUGGUCUACUGCGAGGGCCACAUCUACGCCGUGGGCGGCGACAGCGUGGGCGGCGAGCUCAACCGCCGCACGGUGGAGCGCUACGACCGCGAGCGCGACGAGUGGACCAUGGUGAGCCCGCUGCCGCGCGCCUGGAGCUGGAGCGCGGCGGUGGCGGCGCGCGAGCGCCUCUACGUGAUGAGCCACGACCUCACCUACUGCUACUUCCCGCGCGCCGACGCCUGGGCGGAGAUGGCCUCGCGCCGCACCUCGCGCUGCUUCGCCUCGGCGGCCGCGCUCGGCGAGCAGAUCUUCUACGUGGGCGGCCUGCACGUGGUCAGCAACUCGGGCGCGCGGCCGCAGGCCAGCACGCUGGACGGCUCGGCCGUGACGGUGGAGGUGUACGACGCGGCGAAGAACGAGUGGCGCGCGGCGGCCAGCAUCCCGGCGCGGCGCUACUCGGACCCGUGCGUGCGCGCCGUGGUGCUCUUCAACCAGCUGUGCAUCUUCAUGCGCGAGACGCACCUCAACGACCGCGCCAAGUACGCGCUCUACCAGUACGACGGCGAGCGCGACUGCUGGUGCCUGCGGCAGCCCGUGUCGGAGCGCGUGCUCUGGGACCUGGGCAAGGACUUCCGCUGCGCCGUGGGCAAGCUCUACCCGUCCUGCCUGGAGGAGUCGCCGUGGAAGCCGCCCACGUACCUGUUCGCCACCGACGGCGCCGAGGAGAUCGAGAUCGACGGGGAGAUCGUCUCGCUGCCGCACGUAUAGCUCCAUCGUCCACCUCCCCCCCCCUGAUCGACGUGCUUCCCAACAGACACCAAACCCCCAAAACCUCUCCUCAACCGUGAUCGACGUGUUGGACUGUGCCUCAGGUUGAGGAGGGAGGAGUGGACGGACAAAAAAAAAAAAAAAAGAAAAAAACAACAGGCGAAUGCAUAAAUGGAUUUUUGGGGAGGCGCUUGGAACAAAACAAGUGCGGCGGGGGGAGGCUCCGUUUCAUCCGAUAACCAGGGUGCAUUUUUCCGUUUCAGCCGUGCUCUAUAAGGAAGCUUCUUUGGUGACAUCAUGCAUACCGAAAUGGGGUCCGGCCCUCUGAAUCUGCCCCAAGUAUGCAGCCCUCUCACCCCUCAUUCCUCACCCCUCACCCAGGACCCACUGGCUCAACCCAACCCAGCCCAGCCCAGCCCAGCCCAGCCCAGCCCAGCCCAGCCCAGCCCAGCCCAGCGGAGCACCUCAGAGCUCUGGUAAAACCUUCUCCAGUAUCACACCACUUAAACCCGUCUCUUCAUCCAAAACUCUGCCUCGAGUCAACAGAGGAAAAGAAAAAAAAAAAAAGAAAAAAAAAAAACAUAACAAAACUUGUAAUCCCUUAAAAUACUAGUCGUCUCAAAGAUAGAAAAUGAAACUUUUUUUUUUUUUUUUUCUAUGUCAAUUGCUACUUCAAGUAUUAUUACAUGUCUGAUACUCUCUUUUCAUGAUGUGAUAAUCUAAAGACAAUGAUGACGAUGAUGAUAAUGACAAUGAUGCACUUAGUGGCAAACCUCCUUUGAAUGACCCUUACGGCAACUGUACCAAAACCUCUCCUCCCUCUCUUCUCUCCCUCCUACUCCACUGAGCUGCAGAUGAUUUGCUCCUAUGCUAACCAUGUGCAAGAACAGGGUGCUUGCGUGUGUGUGCGUGUGUGCGUGUGUGUGUGUGUGCGUGUGUGCGUGCGUGCGUGUGUGUGUGUGUGUGUACGCGUGUGUGUGCAUGGUAAGGGGAUGUAGUCUGUCUGGGGUGGGGUGUUGAAAGGUGGCUGCUGGUCCAGUCACCCUACUGUCUUCCCCACUCCCAGCCCACACUCUUCACACCUUGCUGUCCGUAGCCUCUUCCCUUUGCUUUCUCUCUGUCUUCGCUCCGGUUUGUUCCCCCAAAAACGUAUUGCUGGAAUUCUACUAUGUCUUUUUUUUCACUUUUUUUUUCACUUUUUUUCCCUCUUUGGGGAAAGAAGUGCGGGUCUCUUCCACACAAACAUGCACCUCUCUGCUCUUCUCAGUUGAACAGCCAAAAAUACAUUUGGGCUCAUGCAUUUUUAUUUCCAAGCUGCUGAAAUAUAUAUAUAAAUAUUAAAAAUAUAUAUAUUUUUCAUAUGUUACAAAGAAGAAAAACUGUUUUAGUGUGGGGAAAGUAACCAGGUCUAUUUUGUAUUAGUGUCUUUUUUUAUUAUUUAAUAUCUGAUAUUACUGUAGUGUGACUGUGUAUAGGCAUCCAUUUCCCUGUUUUUUUUGUUUUUGUUUUGUUUUUUUGAGUGAAAAAUAUUGAGGAAUCUUGCUGCUGAUUGGGUCAUGAAGAGGGAAUGCCCAAAAGCUGUUGCUACGGAGAUCGUCCCAGCAACCACUAACAGUAGCGGGAGAGGUCAGGGGAGGAGAGGAGCUUCCUCUUACCUUUAUAAAAAACAGGAGCACAGGUGCUUCAUGUCAAACCUUACUAGCAUGUUCAGCUGCAUCAUGUUCCUUUGGCACUGUAUUUUGAAUGAACAUUAAUUUAUUAAAAAACAUGCAUAAA